GGAUGUGAUUCCGCCGAGCAAUGGCCGCUGAGCGGAUCCGGGCUCCGUCCCACAUGUAAACAACACACUAAGCGCUCUCCUUUGUUUAAGAAAAGCAAAACCAGCCGCGAUCAGGAGCAUGAGAUUGUCGUACACGAGUCGACUCAUCUGAGCACCAAAAUGUCGAUGGAAGAUCCGUUUUUCGUAGUAAAAGGAGAGGUGCAGAAGGCUGUCAACACAGCUCAGGGGCUUCAUCAGAGAUGGAUGGAGCUGCUACAGGACUCGGGUGGAGCCAGCAAGGAGGAGGUGGACUGGACCACCAAUGAGCUGAGGAACAGUUUGAGGUCCAUUGAAUGGGACUUGGAGGACUUGGAUGAGACCAUCAGUAUUGUGGAGGCUAAUCCAAAGAAGUUCAAUCUCGAUGCGAUGGAGCUGGCCAAGAGAAAAGCUUUCAUCACUAGCACAAGGCAAACAGUCAGGGAGAUGAAAGACCACAUGACUAGUCCGAUGGCCAUUACGGUGUCUGAGAAAAAAAAUCGACAGACUUUAAUGGGUGGUGAUGGGUCUCGUGGCCCAAUCUGGCAACCCAGUGCUGACAAGUACACUAGACUGGACCGAGAGCUGCAGACAGCAAACUCACAGUUCAUUGAGGAACAACAGACCCAGCAGCAGCUCAUAGCAGAACAGCAGGAUGAGCAGCUGGAGUUGGUGUCGGGAACUAUUGGCGUCUUGAAGAACAUGUCCCAAAGGAUUGGCCAAGAGCUGGAUGAGCAAGCUGUAAUGCUGGAUGAUUUUUCACACGAGAUGGACAGCACUCAGUCCAGACUGGAUAACGUCAUGAAGAAACUAGCUAAGGUUUCUCACAUGACCAGCGAUCGGCGACAGUGGUGUGCUAUCGGCAUUCUUCUGGCCAUCCUGUUUGUUGUGAUCAUUCUCUUCAUUGUUCUGUGAACAGCACUCCUCCGUCCUCAGCAGCUACAGCUCUCCCGCCUGUGAACGGUCACUCCAGCAAAGGUGCUUGGGAGAGAAACAAAACAUUUUCCCCUUCUUUAGUCUAUUACACGUGUUACGCUGCUGCUUUGUACCUUUUUGCUCUCUUCAACAACCCAGACUGAAAACAAAUGGGUAACGUGGUGGGUAAAAGCAAGGGCUGUUUUUUCACAAACGGUCUGAAUCAUUUCGUACGAGUUGUGUCGUAAUCCAGGGUAAAUCAUUUCUUUCAAAUGGACCAUGACUUUUAAAAUUUAAAGGGAUAACUCACCCAAAAAUGAAAAUGACCCCAUGAUGCAUUCACCCCAAAGCCAUCCUAGAUGUAUAUGACUUUUUUCUUUCGGCCGAAUACAGUCAGAGUUAUAUUAAAAAAUGUCCUGGCUCUUCCAAGCUUUAUAAUGGCAGUGAAUGGCUGUUGAGAUUUUGAAGUCCAAUAAAGUGCAUCCAUCCAUCAUAAAAAGGAUUCAUAAAGGCCUUCUGAUGCCAAACAGAUUAUAAAGUUUUAAACAAGGAUAUUUUUCUUACACAAAACCAUUGAUUCCCUUCAGAAGGCCUUUAUUUAUCAUCAGGAGCUGUGUGGAGUGCUUUUUGUGAUGGAUGGAUGCACUUCAUUGGGCUUCAAAAUCUCAAACACCCAUUCACUUCCAUUAUAAAGCUUGGAAGAUGAAAUUUUUAAUAUAACUCUGAUUGUAUUCGUCUGAAAUAAGAAAGUCAUAUACACCUAGGAUGGUUUGAUGCUGAUUAAAUCAUGAGGUAAUUUUCAUUUUUGGGUGAGCUAUUCCUUCAAACAGCUAAAAAAGAAAAAUCAAGUGCUACUAGAAAAUAUUGCCGACGUUAUUUCCUGUGCGCUGCUUUAAUAGUCGGUUUAGACCACUGUAAAUAAUCAACACUAACUACUAAGUUACUAAAACACUGGAGGUUAACAAACCAGAUACUGUUUAAGCGGGUAUGUUACUGAUCAUACUAAUGCGAAUUAGUUAUUUACUGUCAAAGUGUUUAUUUCUGUGUGCUUUGUUUACUUUUUUUACUUUUGAGUUAUUGAUAAUCAGUUACUAGUGAGAUUUAUUCACACGCACUGCGGUUUGUUUUUUUAAACUGACUGGAAUUGGGUUUUAAUGGAAACGUUGAUGUUAAGUGCUCUGGAUAACUGCCUGAAAGUCUCAAAAUAGCUUAACAAUUUGAAUAUUAACAAAACGUGCUUUAGUAAGCAUUAAGUAUGUGAAUUGCGUGACAAUUGGUUAAUAAUCUGUAGAAAGUCUGAAAACGGAUCACUUCCGAUGGAAGUGAAGUUUUGGACCAAAUGUAUUUUUUAGUAUAAAUGCUACAUUUGACAGCUAAUGGUUAAAGAAAUAGUUUAGCAAAAAAUGAAAACUGGCUGAAAAUGAACUCUGGCCAUUCAAGAUAUAGAUGAGUUUGUUUUUUCGUCAGAACAGAUUUGGAGAAAUUUAGCAUUACAUCGCUUUGCAGUGAAUGGGUGCCGUCAGAAUGAGAGUCCAAACAGCUGAUAAAAACGUCAUAAUAGUCCAUCAUUUAACAUCUUGGAUGGCCUGACAGUCAGUAAACUUUCAGGAAAUUAAAAUUCUUUGUGAACUAUUCGUUAUAGUUAUAGGUCACUAUGUAGCCAGUGCCUUAGCACAGAUGAGGGUGAAGUUACUUUUCAUUUUAGAAAGCCAGGCACUCGUGACACAACUUAAGGUUGCAUUUUGCAUUCUUAAACAGUUUAGUGAGGAUGUUCAUCCAGUAUUUAGCACACAUAUUUUCGCAAACUGUUGGUUUGCCGGUUUAUUUCCACUGCUAAGUCAAAUGGAAACGUAUGAAGCAGCAGUCACUAAUAUGAAAAUCAUUGUAUUUGUUGUCUUUUGACAACACAACACUACAUAUUCUGUGAAAACAUGAGUACAUUUAUCUUACUGGAUAUUUGUAUUGUUUUUGUGUGUUUGUUCUUUUAAUAAUAUUAUUCGGGUGAAUCACACGAAGAAAUGUAAUAUUUCACCCCAAAAUCGAAAGAAAAAAAUGUGAAAUUGUAUUUUGUGUAUGAAAAUAAGCCUUUUUUUUUUUUUUUACUGUUUCCACCAUUAAAUAAAAAAGAAAAAGUAAUUGCGAGUUUUUAUCUCAUAAUUCUGACGUUUUUUGCUCAGAAUUGCAACUUUCUCAAAAUUGCCAGUUGAAAUCUUGCAAUUCUUUUUUUCGCACAAAUGUGAUAUUUCUCAGAAUUA